UACAUUUGCAAACAUGUCAUAACAAAAUCCACGUGAUUAAUCCCAAUACCCGAUAUUAUUGCCGUCAAAGACCGCCUUUCAUUAGUCACACUUGGCCAAUUGCAGGCCACAAAUAUCCUCGUUAACUUUGUCAAUUCACCUUACUUUGCUCAACUAUUAUUUUGUUUCAUUUAGCACCAUUCACUGGCAUCUUUAUUCUGGUCAUAGCAUUUGUCAUUCAGCAUGUCUGGUAUCAGCCGCAGUCGCCUGAUGGAGGAGAGGAAACAGUGGAGAAAGGAUCAUCCUUAUGGAUUCUAUGCGCGCCCGCAGAGGAAAGAAGACGAUUCACUGGAUCUGAUGCGCUGGGAGUGCGGCAUUCCGGGAAAAACUGAUACGCCAUGGGAGAAUGGGCUUUACAAAUGUGUGCUGCUGUUCACGGAUGACUACCCAGUGGCGCCUCCCAAGUGCCAGUUCACUCCAGCACUGUUCCAUCCCAAUGUGUUCCCGUCAGGCACAGUGUGUUUGUCCAUUCUAAAUGCUGAAAAAGACUGGAAGCCAUCCAUCACCGUCAAGCAGAUUCUGCUCGGUGUCCAGAGCCUGCUAAACGAGCCCAAUAACAGCGAUCCUGCGCAGACCGAAGCCUAUCAGAUGUUCAGAAACAACAUGAAGGCCUACGAGGAAAAGGUGCGUGAGCAGGCAAAGCUGUUUCCUGGAUUGUAGAUUUAAUAAUAUCUUUGGGCUUACACAUACAGGCAAGGCGCGCAUUUUUUGAAACAAUAAAAUUGAAAUUUUUACAAACGA